GAGGGGGGCACUCGGAGGAAAGAGGGAUGGAAUUGGCAGGGGAAACGUCUCGAGAAGGAGACGGCACUUUGGGGGGGUUGCAGCGCUGGCGAUUUGUGGACUGGGAGUUGUGGGAAGGAGGGUCUUCUAGGGAAAGGGAUCGAGAGGCGGCGGGGAGCUCGGGGGCUGACCACCGGAUUCGGAGGCGGACGAUGACAGCCUGUGGGGUCAGGAGAGAUGGGGGGCGGACGUCCGAUGCUGUGGCGCCCUUCGCAGGCGCUGCGGCGCUGAUGCUGCUGCUACCGGCCACCAUGUUCCACCUGCUGCUGGUGGUCCGCUCAGGCCCGGCGCGCCUACUGGGCCCACCCCCGUACCUGCCAGGGCUGGAGGUGCUGUGGAGCCCGCAAGCGCUGCUGCUGUUACUCACCUGGCUCGGCCUGCAGGCGGCGCUGUACCUGCUGCCGGCGCGCAAGGUGGCCGAGGGGCAAGAAUUGAAGGACAAGAGUCGUCUGCGUUACCCCAUUAACGGCUUCCAGGCCCUGGUGGUGACAGCCCUGCUGGUGGGGCUGGGGUUGUCAGCUGGGCUGCCCCUGGGGGCACUCCCGGAAAUGCUCCUGCCUUUGGCAUUUGCAGCCACCAUCACCACUUUCAUCUUCAGCCUCCUUCUCUAUAUGAAGGCUCAGGUGGCCCCUGCCUCAGCCCUGGCACCUGGGGGAAACUCAGGCAAUCUCAUCUAUGACUUUUUCCUGGGACGGGAGCUCAACCCUCGAAUUUGUUCGUUUGACUUCAAGUAUUUCUGUGAACUGCGACCUGGCCUCAUCGGCUGGGUCUUCAUCAACCUGGCCCUGCUGGUGCAGGAGGCAGAGCUGCGAGGGAGUCCUUCUCUUGCCAUGUGGCUGGUCAAUGGCUUCCAGCUACUAUACGUGGGUGAUGCCCUCUGGCAUGAGGAGGCUGUCCUCACCACUAUGGACAUCAUGCACGAUGGCUUUGGCUUCAUGCUGGCCUUUGGGGACCUGGCCUGGGUACCUUUCACCUACAGCCUGCAGGCCCAGUUCCUGUUGUACCACCCACAGCCCCUGGGAUUGCCUAUGGCUGCAGUCAUCUGCCUCAUCAGUGCUAUUGGUUACUACAUAUUCCGUGGAGCCAAUUCCCAGAAAAACACUUUCCGAAAGAAUCCUUCAGAUCCCAGUGUGGCUGGCCUUGAGACCAUCCCCACUGCCACUGGGCGGCAGCUGCUGGUAUCUGGGUGGUGGGGUAUGGUCCGCCAUCCCAACUACCUUGGAGACCUCAUCAUGGCUCUGGCCUGGUCCUUGCCUUGUGGGGUGUCCCACCUGCUACCCUACUUCUAUGUCCUCUACUUCACUGCACUGUUGGUGCACCGAGAGGCCCGGGACGAACGGCAGUGCCUGCAGAAGUACGGUCGGGCCUGGCACGAGUACUGCCGGCGGGUACCUUACCGCAUCCUGCCCUACAUCUACUGAAGCAGCUCCCCUGGCCACCAGCCCACCAUGAUCAGGAACCUGGACACAACUGGGCCCGGAGCUCACACAGGAAGGGAUAAACAACCUCUGAGAAGGGGUUAUUUGGAGCAAGAUGAAGCCAGUGCUCCCAAAUGGAGACAUUUUUCCCCUUUUACAUAAAUGUCUGGAACCCUU